AUGGCGUUCGCGGCGGCAGACAAACGCUCCGCCGCUGACGCCUUUGACUGUGACAGUGUUGAAGAGCAUAACGCGAAGAAGCGGACGAUCGAUGACGUUGACGAUAAAAGUGAUGGACAUGGCAGUGGAGAUGACGUUGCAGCGCGUCCUGUGGUGAAGAAGAGCAAGUGGAUCGACGAGGAGCUUCCGGACGUCGAUGACAAUGAGGAGUUUCCACCGCGAACGGAGGAAAGGGACGACGAAGAAGUGGCGUGUGGCCUGACAGAGGGACAACAUGAUGAUGGGAAUGUGGUGACGGAUGAGGUGCAUUCGCGUAUAGUGAGCUGUGGUCACGGGAUGGGAGACGACGUGGAUCUGAGUAGAGAGAGCAGGAAGGACGUGGACACGCCAACAGACGAAAAAGAAGAAGAAGAAGGAGAAGAAAAUGAAGAAAGAAAGAAGGAAAGAGGAGAGGAAGAAGAAGAAGGAGGAGGGAUCGAUGGAUUAGAUUUCGCAGAAGAGGAAGGAGGAGAAGAGAACGAUGAAGAAGAUGAAGAAGAGGGAGAAGAGGGAGAAGAAGAAGAUGGAGAGAACGACGAAGACGCUGACGGUGGGGAGUUAAUGGGGUAUCAAAAUCAUGGCAUCGACAUUGUGGACGUUGAUGACGAUGACGGUGAAGAGGAAGGGAACGGAGACGGCGACGGGUACGAGCAAUUUAGUGAUCACGAUAGCGAAGAGGAGGAGGAAGAUGGAGAGGAGGUUGAUGAGGACGAGGACGAAGAGGACGAGGCGGCAGAGACUGUUGCACGGGCUCGCAAUCAGAGAGAAGCUAGACAGUUGUUGCAGCAACUGGACGGCUCGACAAGAAGCAAACUGUGUUUGACGGUGCUAGAGAAGUACGGAGAAGAGCUCUUGUACGGGCACGAAGACGCACGAGAUGCCAUCUUAGUGGACGCUUGUGCUCAUGAGUCAGCGUUGUCGCUGAUGAGGGACGCUAUCCGGGUAAGGGAUUUGUAUGCGAGGGGAUCGUCGGCAGCAGCACCCGUCGAGUUGGACAAUGAUGACGAUAUUGACGAGGAAGAGAGUGAGGCUGCAGGGUAUGCCGUGGAAUCGGGUGAUGAUAAUAUUGAAGAAGAAGGAGACGAGGAAGCUGGAGGGUACGAAGAUGAAGAAGAGGAGGCAGAUGAUGAAGACGGAACAAUCGCAGAUGAGGAUGAUGAUGACGAGGUUGUCGUCAUUUCGGAGGAGGAAGUGGAAGAUACGAUGGUGUGCGAGCAAGACAGCGAGAGUCAUCUGGAUGAAUCCACCCACGACGAAGGGUACUAUGGAAGUGAGAAGGAAGAGGGUGACGUGGGCUCGGUGAAGAUGUUACACCCCGUCACUGGUGAUGCCGGGGCUGAGCGUGACGCUGAGAGAUGCAGAGCUGACAACAAUCAGGAUGAACAAGACGCGGACUGCGAAGGUGCAGCGCUAGAUGACACAGGGGCAGCAUGCGACGUUGUAGCACCGGCCAAUACCGGUGUAGCAAACGUAUUGAGUUUGCGGGUGCCGGUUGCUGACUCAGCCACGUGA